UGGUGUAGAAACAUUGAGGUAUCUCGUCCCGUUGAUUGGGUCUCUUCACUGUCAUUGUGCGCUCAAUUACUUCAAAAAGCCUCCGAAUCAAAGAAUCUCGUAGAUUUACACACUGCCCAAAUUCUUACGCAAAUUCUCCCUGUUCUGAUCAAUGGACCUCCUGACGACUCAAAUGAAGACAGCUACGUCCAUUAUUACCUAUCACCCUGA